AUGGCAGCUGCUUCACACCAGAAUGUGGAGUUUGUGCAAACACGCUAUGGCAAGAACUCCGUGAAGGUGCUGGUCAUCAGGAGACAGAAGGAACACCACUACAUCAUUGAGGUGAAGGCUAAUGUCGAGCUCACACUCAAAUCACGGAAGGAUUAUCUAACUGGAGACAACUCAGACAUCAUCCCCACUGACACUAUAAAGAACACUGUCCACGCCCUGGCCAAGCUCAGAGGGGUAAAGACCAUCGAGCAGUUUUCCUUGGACAUCUGUCAUCAUUUCCUGACCUCUUUCAACCAUGUGCUGAGGGCUAGAGUUUAUAUGGAGGAGGCCCCAUGGAGAAGGCUGGAGAAGAAUGGGAUAGAGCACCCUCAUGCAUUUAUUUUCAGCCCAGAGGCCUGUCACUUCUGCGAAGUUGAACAGAAUCUCAAUGGCAUCCUGAUGGUUUACAGUGGGGUAAAGAACAUGAAGGUGCUCAAAACCACUCAGUCUGGUUUUGAGGGCUUCCACCGGGACCGUUUCACAACUCUGCAAGAGACCAAAGACAGAUGUUUCUGCACUUCUGUCUACAGUCGGUGGCGCUACAACAGUACUCAGGAUGUUGACUUUGAUGGUGCAUGGAAAUGUAUUAAGGACACCAUUAUUGAGAAGUUUGCUGGGGCCUACGAUCGUGGAGAGUUCUCUCCCUCUGUGCAGAAGACCCUUUAUGACACACAGCUGUUGGUCCUGAACAGAGUUCCUCAGGUGGAUGAAAUAGAGAUCGUCAUGCCCAACGAGCAUUACUUCACCAUUGACAUGACAAAAAUGGGCAUUGUCAACAAAGAUGAAGUGCUUCUUCCUCUAGAUAACCCCUCAGGGAACAUCGCAGGGACAGUUCGUAGGAAAGAGCGGGCAAAGCUGUGA